UUUUUUUUGUACAGAAAAAAGCUUGGUUGAUUUUUUUAAUGCCCCCUGAAAAAAAUAUACACCAAAUUUUAAAAUAAUAUUUUCGUCUUGAAAAAGGAAUGUUUUCUACAAUUUAAACUGCAAAUAAACUAAUUUAAAACAAUGGAUGAUAUAAAAACUAAAAGUUUAAACGAAAAAGCAACUAUUUCCAGUGCAAUUGGUUCUCCAAAACACGAGGACGAGUGUAAACCAUCGGGUGCUGCAAGUACUGACAACGGCAACAAAAAAACAGACACCGUCGAUGAUAUAAAUUCUGCGCAAGAUAAACAAGAUGCCGCCGCCGAUUUAACCGAAGCAUCGACAGAUGGUGAAGAUUUUUUAUUGCGAGUAGAAUCAAGUGAUUUCGAUAGUGAAACAUUUGAAGAUGCUGUUGAUGGGGAAGCUAUUGCUUCUAAAGAAAAAGUUGAUGCUAAAUCAGCAACUUCAAAGAAAUCUGAGACUUUAUUCUCAGACAUUGAAAGCUCCGAUGAUAGCAUUGCUUAUGAAUCGCAAGAGAAAUCAGAUGUUAAAUCUGUCGACAAGAAAACCACUUUAGCUCCAGUUUUGGAGAAAGAUUUGUCAGAAGAAAAGAAAACAAUUGAACCUGAGUUUGAUCCCGUUGAAUCGGAUGAGGAAUUUUUUGAAGAUCCUCCUUUGCCAGAGAGAAUAGGACAACUUUCUCAAGAAAGUAUAUCCUCAAAGAGUUUGGAAGGAGAAGAAAGAAAUUCGACUCCGUUGAUUGAUGAAGAAGUUGGUAAGUCGGAAGAACUUAAUUUAGAUACUGAAGAAAACACACGUGAAUCUAAUCCAGAACCAGAUGAAAGUUUGGAUUUACUGGUAGAAAGUUCAGUUGAAUUAGAAGACACAAUAGUGUCGGAGUCAAUAGAUUCUUCUAAUUUGAAUAAUGAGAUGAGCACUGAAAUCGUAACAGGCAAAGUUUUGGAAGAAGAAGGGUCUGAAACUGUCGGUGAUGAAAGGAAUAGUCCGAAUUCACCGAAUUCCUUAUUGCUUGAGGUGGAAAAAGAGAAAUCUUCAACAAUUGAAUCAGAUUCACUGGAAAAAGUUAUUGCCACCUCCGAAGCAAGCAUUCUACCCAAAGUAGCUCCUAGAAGCCUUUCCCCGGAUAAAAAUACAGAGAAAAAAGAAACUCUGGCAAAUGAUGAUUCUGAGACGACCACAACAAGUUCUACAAUUCUCGAAGAUAAAAACAUUUCCUCGUCACCUCUCCCCGAAACAAUAGAAACUGAUAUUGAGAUGACAGAGGAUUUAAUCUUAAAAGAUGAUGAAAAAAUCGAAGUAAAUGACUCAAUUGCUUCAGUGGAAGAACCAAUGCAAAUUGAUGAAACAAUUUUGGAAGUAAGUGAUGCUUCAGAAAUGGAAACAAAUGAAGAUGAUAUACAGAUAGAAAAAUAUGACGAAAUUUUAAAUCAAGAUGAAUUACAAAAGUCAAUCGAAAAAGAAAUAGUCGAGGAACAAAAAAUAAUAGAUGAGCCUUCUAAAGAAAAUGAAAAAGUUUCGACUUCUGCAGAAAAUAUUUCAGAUAAUGAGGAAGAAUUUAAUAAAUCAAUUGAAAAAGAACCAACAGAAUCGUCUGAAAUUGAAGUGAAAGAGUCCGAGGAAAAUUCCGUGACUACAAAGCUCGAUGAAGUAGUCGAAGAAGAAAACAAAUCAGAAGAGAAUUUAAAAGAAAUAGAGUCUCAUUGUGAUUUAAUUGAAGAUCUUCCAAUGAUUGAUUCCGAAGCAAUAAGAUCGGACAAUGUUCUUGAAGCUUCGAAGAAACUAACUACUGAUGAUAUAAAAGAAAUUGAAUCCACUGAAAAAGAAAUUCUUGAAAAAUUCGAUGAAGAAGUCACAGAAUCGCUGGAAAAGUCAAAUGAUGGUGAGAAAACACAGAUUGAAGCUUCUGAUGAAAUUGAAAAGUUACCAGAAAUUACAACAGAUUCCCUUGAUGAACAUAAAACAGCUGAAAAAAUUACAGAUUCCAAUAAAACGACCACAGAAAUAGAUGAGGAAGAAGCAGAAACUUCAAAGGUAACACAAAGUACAGUGCCUGAUAAAACAUCUCCGGAAGUCACGAAGAAGAUAUUGGAGACAUCUGAGCAAGUAAUCGAAAAAGAAGCAGAAUCAACUGAAAAAAUUGAAUCUUCGAAAGAAAUAGAAGAAUCAGCCGGAAAGGCAAUCGAGUCUGUUAAAGAUCAAAAAUCUUCCAAAGAAAUUGUCAAAAUUGUUGAGGAACCAACAUCAGAGAAAGAAGAAGCUCCUCAACAAGUUGUUGAUACAUCAGAGAAACCAAUUACACCAACAAACAAAGUAGGAACUGUAAGUGAAACAGUGGACUUAAUUGAUUUAUCAGACGAAGAAACUCCAGCAAAUGACACUGAAAAGUCUCCAAAACCAGUAGAAGAAGAAGAAUCUAAAAAACAUGAUAAACCUAAAACGAUCGAAGAACAAGCACUUCCCAGAUCAAAAGAAACUACAGAUUCUAAAGAACCGGAAAAAGUCAAGGUGACUGAAGAAGUUAUUAGUUCGAAUAUUGAAACCUUGUCAGAAGACAUAGAAAUCCCCGAAGUCACAACAGAAGUUCUUGUAGAAAAAGUUGUUGAAGUGGCAGCAUCACUUGAAAGUUCAAAAUCCAAGGAAGAAAAUCAAGAUGCAAAUAAAUCAUCUUCAAAUGAAGAUCCUGAAAUUAUUGAAAUUGAUGAUGACGAUGAUGAUCCUCCGCCAGAAGAGAAAAAAAUUAAGUGA